AUGGCUCCUAACUUGAAGGGAGUUGACCAAGAUGGCUCGAUCAUCAUUCACGAAAAGCCUCGAUUGCCAGAUUUGAUCUCUAUUGGAUCAGACGGUAGCCAUGACGACAACAAUAGCAAGUAUUCCUAUGAAGAUAGAACGCCGACAAAGAGGAGAUCCGUCAAGGCCUUGGCGGCCAUGUUUGAAGAUCCGCAUGAGUCGCCGCUGACGACUCGAAAGCCCAAGACUGGGGCAUCAAAAGAUGCUUUCGGCCUGGUAGAAGGGGCCUACCAAGAUAAACACGCGUCACAUCGCAUUUACAGCAGCCCUUAUAAACCUUACCUCCCUGAUAAGGCUCCUCAUAAUUACCCCGAAGCUGCCGGGGACGUGGAGCUGAAAGACUUGGCGAAGGAUAAACGCAGUCCACCUUCAAACGCGUGGCCGCUUGUUGACACAUGGGAUGAUGCACAAGAGCCAUUUGCGAAUAGAAGAGGGGGACUUUUACCUGCAGAAACGCAAGAAAAGGGCAUACAGACAGAUGCACCUAUAUAUACUAGUCCCAGCAAUGGGACGGAAAAUAUCAACACUCGAGUCCAAGAGCUCGAAACACUCCUAAGAACGAAAUCAGCAGAGGCCGCACAACUCCAGUUGCGAGUACAGCAGCUGGAGGAAUCCCACCCGACGUCGCUCGGCGAAGACUUGCGAGAAGCCAGCAAAGAGAUUCAACAAUGGAGGGGAAAAGCCGAAGCUGCCGAGAGAAAGGCGGCGCGGUUCCAGCGAUUCACGACCCGGAUCAGGAGCAUCCACAGCUCUCUCGCCAUGGCGGAAGGAUCUCGUCAAAGCGGCGACGACGAGGUGAUUUCGCUAGAGGGGAGGGACGCGGAGGGGUCGUACCGGGCUUGUAGGGUUCGGUUUACAAAGGGGUUGGGGAGUGAAGUUUCUGGGAUGGCGAGGUAUGAUGGGUCUGUUGCGGAUGAGUUGCGGGAGACACUAUCGACGGAUGGAGGUGGAGUUGGCCUUGGGCUCGGAAUACAUGGGGAUUUACAGGGGCUCGAUGGAGCGACGAGUCCCCGGAUGGUGGAUUUCGGGUCUGCGGCGGUGGCGAUGUGGAUUGCUGCCCAGGAAUACCUGUUGAUGGAGGAGGGUGAGGCUUCUGGUUCGGUGGGAGGGACUACGAGUGGGAGUUCUUUGGAUGGGUGGGAGUUGGCGGAUGAGGACUUUUGA